CACCACAUGGUUUUGUCGGUAGAAUGAAGGAAUGAGUUGAACUGAUACGUUUGCGUCGCCUGUUGACUCUACUAUUUAUUCACUUUCUUCAUUUACGCGUCAUUCAAGCAGGGACAAUGUCGACACCAAAUGAGGCUAGUGAUGGAAAUCUUUGUACUGAAGCAAACAUCCCGAAUGUCGGAGAGCUGUCUAUCUUUACAGUAACCAUUGGUGCAACAGUUCCCACUGGUUUCGAACACACUGCUGCAGAAGAGGUUGGAGAGAAAAUUGAAGCUGAUGCAAGGAUUAGUAAAGACCGAGGCAGGAUAUAUUUCCAAAUACCUACAGAUAAACUUCAUUUGGUGCAUCAUUUGAAGUCGGUGGACAACCUCUUUGUUAUUGUCAAGGAGUUUGACAAUUACCAGUUCAAAGACUCAAAGGAGGAGGCCAUGUCUGACCUUCAGCAGCUGGCAUCAGAGUUACCCUGGUCCAACGCCUUGGAGGUCUGGAGGAUGAACAACUCACUGAAGAAACGCAGGGGACGACGGAGAGGAGGGAAUGCCACAAAACCCAAGCCAGCCAAGGGAGAAGAUGCUCCUGUCCCUGCCUUGAGUGAAGGUGAUGCAGUAGUCACGACAACCGAGAAGGUCCAGCCAGAUCCAGAUGCCCCUCAUGGGGAGGAAGGAGAAGGUGACCGAGGAAGCGCCCAAGAGGAAGAGGAGCUAGAAGAUGAGGCCAGUAAGCCACUCAAGUUUCGGGUCACCUGUAACCGGGCAGGUGAUAAACACAGUUUCACGUCCAAUGAUGCUGCCAGAGACUUUGGUGGGGCAGUGCAGGAGUUUUUCCAGUGGAAGGCCGAUAUGACCAAGUUUGACGUGGAGGUCUUGUUGAAUAUCCACAACAAUGAGGUGGUGAUAGGUAUCGCCCUUACAGAGGAGAGUCUCCACAGGAGGAACAUCACCCAUUUUGGCCCCACCACCCUGCGCUCCACACUGGCCUAUGGCAUGCUCAGGCUGUGUAAACCCCAGGUGUCUGACGUCAUUAUCGACCCAAUGUGUGGAACUGGAGCAAUACCAGUGGAGGGAUCCAUUGAAUGGCAGCAUUCCUUUUUCAUUGCGGGAGACAAUAAUGACAUGGCUGUCAGUCGCACUGUCAAUAACAUAAAUCACAUUCAGAAGAAGAAACAAGAUGGCGGCAGUAUUCCGAGUUUGCCUGUGGACACUGUGCAGUGGGAUUUGUGCCAUCUUCCCAUGAGAACCAACUCCGUGGACAUCAUUGUCACUGACAUGCCAUUUGGAAAGAGGAUGGGGUCAAGGAAGAAGAACUGGGACCUUUACCCAUCAUGCCUCAGAGAGAUGGCCCGCGUGUGUAGACCCGGGACAGGGAAAGCCAUUUUGCUGACCCAAGACAAGAAAUGUUUUACAAAAGCUUUAUCCCGGAUGGGUGGGCUGUGGAGGAAGGUGCACACCGUCUGGGUUAAUGUGGGUGGGCUCCAUGCUGGAGUGUUCGUCCUGAAACGCACAGCCUCAGAAUUCGGCACGACACCCGAAGACAACCGACCCCCUCGGGAAUCCCCUGAAGCGCCAAACAACAGCAAAGAGGAGCAGUGACCAGAAACCCACCCUAGUUAUUCAAAAGCAUUUUAAAGUCUAGAAUAAGCAAGUUUAUUGAGUUGCCAGUGUGUGUUGAUUUAUGAGUGUUUGUGUACUUAGUAACAGUUCAGUUAAAGAGUCAGUUCCUUUUCUCAGGAUCCUGGCAUACCAUACCAUACUGUACUUGGAGUAUAGCCCCCUCUCACAUCAAAAAGGAUUUUUCUGGUCUUUGUGUGCUAUAACUUCACUAUUGUUUGUAGUGAAAAGUGAAAACAGCUGUUCAAAUGUAAGCCACAGCAGAGAUAUCAUUGUGAUUGGGCUUCAGGUGUUACAAAAAGCAUUGUAAGAUUUUUAUCGGGUUUGAAAAUGUCUGGCUGAAUGUCUUGUUUGGUCUAUUCUUGGCUUGACCAUCAGCAUACUUUUAUAUAUUUCUUUACCACAAGCUCAAACAGGAAAAAAGCGCUUGAGUACACAACUGAAGUCUCUUGGGUUUGUUAUACUUUUUUUUUUUUUUUUUUUAAUUAUUAUUUCUUUAAAACCACUUCCAUUCCAUUGUUCUUAUGGACACUGGGUGACAAAGUAUUUCUGUUGACUGUUGGUGGUGACAGUUGGCACUCCUUUAUAAAUGCUCAUUUUAUUGACUGGAAACUUCUACUGUGUAUUUUCAUUGCUCAAGCUAAAAUAAAGUUCAUUGUUCAAGAGAUUGAA